AUGGCUGCAAGAUUGGAGAAACUUCAGGGAACAUUAACCCUCUUGAAGUCCCAAAGAUGUCACUGUUUUGUUGCUGCUGAUGCAUCUGUUGUUGAAGGAGAAGAUUGGAAAUUUGCUAUAGCAGAGACAAAGAGUGUAGUGGAUCAGCAUUACCUUCAUUUUACGUGGGCAUGCAGUAAUGCGUGUCUUCAACAUCGGUAA